AGCCCUAAGUGCUUGUGCCCCAAAAUUCAAAGACGGCAACUUAUUCAAUGAUUCACCAUCAAAGCCAAUUAGAUAAUGACAACUAGGUUGCUGUUUGAAAUCAAUGGAAUAUAAUAGGAACAUAGAAAAUGAAAUUGGAUCCCGCUUUCAAGAGGCAGGUGAAUCCAACUAUUCCAUAUGCUAACAUAUCUGAAUUCCACCAUUGAUAUAGAGAGUUGGGCAAUGGCAUUAUUGAUUCAAGUGCUUAUCAGUUUCUUAGUUGUUCAACAAUGUUUCCAGAAAAGUGACGCUCAACUAAUGCUUCAAAUUCCUGCACUAAGCAAGUGUGGAUUCGAUAAGAUAUAUCAGCUGGGUGACUCACUUUCAGAUACAGGGAAUUUCAUCAGACUAAGCAUUUGGGGAUCUGUUUCUCCAUUUGCAAAGCUUCCUUAUGGUGUAAAUUUCUUCAAGAAAGGAACUGGCCGCGCUUCUGAUGGAAUGAUUAUCAUUGAUUUCAUAGCACUCGAAUCUGGUCUUCCUCUGCUAAAUCCUUACAUGGAUCAAAAUGCAAAUUUUGCGCAUGGUGCAAAUUUUGCAGUAAUAGGAGCUACUGCUUUAGAAGCCGGAGUCCUAGCAGAGAAGAAAAUUUUCAAUCCACUCGGCAAUGGUUCAUUAGAUAUGCAACUUGGUUGGAUGUCUUCACAUUUCCAGUACACUUGCCAUAAUGACUGCUCAGAGUAUCUUAAGAGUUCUCUCUUCCUGGUCGGAGAAAUAGGAGGAAAUGAGUUCUUUUACGGCUUAACCCAAGGUAAAACAAUGGAAGAGUUGAGAAAUAUGGUGCCAGAAGUUGUUCAAAAUAUUGUAGAAGCUGUUAAUACAGUUACUGGUUUUGGCGCUAUUCGAAUUUUUAUUCCUGGCAAUUUCCCCAUUGGUUGUCUCCCGAUGACCUUAACAACAUUCUUGACCAACAACUCUAUGGCAUAUGAUGAAAACUAUUGCUUGAAAGAUUUAAAUAGUUUGGCGAUAUUCUACAAUGAGAAUCAGCAACAAGCCAUCGAAGACUUGAAGAAAAAGAAUCCGAAUGUAACACUCAUCUAUGGUGAUUACUACAAUGCCUAUCAGUGGCUUCUGCAAAAUACUGUGAAUCAUGGAUUUGACCAAAACUCUCUACGAAAAGCUUGCUGCGGAGAAGGAGGUUAUUAUAAUUAUGAUGCAAAGAGACACUGUGGAUUUCCAGGAGUCCCAGUUUGUGCAGACCCUAGUACUUAUAUCAGUUGGGAUGGAGUCCAUUUGACAGAAAAAGCCUACAGUUUGAUUGCAAGGUGGCUAAUUGAUGACAUUUUACCCCAAUUGGAAUGCUAAGUUUAUGUGCUUGCUUUUUCUUUGCAAAGCACAAUAUAGAAUACCACUAGUUGACUCUUUUUCUUUUCCUUUUUCUCAAUUCUGUGUUUCCUUCUCAUGUAUUUGAUCUGAAAAAGCUUGUAAGAAGAGAGCUCAUAAAUCUUAGUAUGAACUUUUGACAAUUACA